UUGUUUAUACUUGUUCUUCUAGACUUCUCGUGAAGAACUUCUUCCUUUUUCCUAUUUCUUGUGACUCUUUUUGUGUAUACUUUUAUCAGCACACAAAAAGAGUCUUUAUCUGUUGUACUCCUUGUAAUAUUGAGCUCCAUUUUGAAACAGAGAGAAGAAAAUUAAUGCCCAUGGCUCUACCGAGACAUGUUGUAGUGUUACUUCUUUUGGCUUGUUUGUUUACAUCUUCAUAUUCUUACCAAUUCACAGUUGGUGGCAAAGAUGGUUGGGUCCCUAACCCUUCUGUAAGUUACAACACUUGGUCUCAACAUAUGAGAUUCCAAAUCAAUGACUCUGUUUUGUUCAAGUAUAAGCAAGGAGCAGAUUCUGUGUUGGAGGUGAGCAAGGAUGAUUAUGAAAAGUGCAACACAGGCAAUCCAAUCAAGAAGAUGGAGGAUGGAAACUCCAUUUCCACGUUGGAUCGUUCUGGUCCUUUCUACUUCAUAAGUGGCAACAAAGAUAACUGUGACAAAGGCCAAAAGUUGCAAAUCGUUGUAAUCUCUGUUAGGAACCAAGGUAAACCACCUAAAACUCCGGCACCAGUGGCUGCUCCGCCUAGUACACCUACUACACCAUCACCCACGGGCUCACCACCAUCUCCUCCUUCCGGAGGCUCCUCUCCGGCAGCUUCUCCGCCUAAAGGAUCGUCGACACCUGGUACUCCAUCGGCACCUUCCGCCAACUCUCCGGCAGCUGCUCCGCCUACAGGAUCAUCCACACCCGGUGCAUCAUCACCUAAUGGGGCACCAAUAUCUACUCCAACAGGUAAAUCACCAGUAUCAUCACCUACACCUGCUGGUUCAACCGCAUCUCCUCCAUCUCCUCCGACCAUGACUCCGGCAAUUUCCCCGGUUGCAAAUGGACCGUCAACUAAUACUCCAGGUUCUUCUUCACCGGCGGCAGGCGGACCAGCUGGAAGUAUGUCACCGGCAGGAGGACCAUCUGCAGGUGCAUUAGCGCCAGCAGGCGGACCUUCGGCAGGUGCAUUAGCACCGGCAGGAGGACCAUCUGCAGGUUCAUUAGCACCAGCAGGCGGACCUUCGGCAGGUGCAUUAGCACCGGCAGGAGGACCAGCGCCGGGAGGUGCUGCUUUGGGUCCCGGCGGCAAUACUCCGGCGGACAUUAAUUCGCCAGCUGGAUCACCAGGAAACCCCAAAUCUUUUGCAGUAAAGGCAUUUACUCCAUCAGUUGUCCUUGUGUCAGCCGUUUCACUCGUUUUGACUCUGGCUUUUGGAGAAUUUACUAUUUUACCUUAGUGUAAAAUAAUAAUAAUAAGUAGAAUUAAUUACUCGAUAUUAUAUUUAAUUUGUGUUUCUGCUUUUUCUGUAUUUUAUUUUAAUUUUCUUGAAUAAUCCGGAGAUUAUUGGAGUGUUUAGAUAUACACGGGAUGUAUUUAAUUGUUUUUUUUCUUUUUAAUUUUUGUGGGUACUUAAAAUUUGAAUUUAUGUGAGUAUUUAUCAGUUUAAUUCUA